CCACGAAAACAUCGCUGGACCUUCAAUGCUCACCACUCUCUGUCAGAAAGGACAGCCUUAUCUUUUGCCGUGGUGAACGUUCUCAUCUUCGUACACAAUCCCACAAGCUAAAUAUUCACUUACGGCACGUCGGUAACAGAGAGUACGGCCUCACAGACAACAGACAAAUACUUAUAACCUUACCUUAAUCCAUUACGGAUGCACUGCCACACAAAAAGAAGGUUUUAGCCCAUUGCAAAGUACUAUAAACCCUGUGAUGCGAAGAAAUUAAUGGAGGAAGGCUUAUGGCAGGUUCCUGGAAGGAUAAUAAUGGAGGAUAUAAGUGGUGAAGAACACAGACAUGCAGAUUCAAAGAAGCCCAACUUGGGAUUUCCUCUUGGGACGGCUUUUGUUCUUUUGAUUGUUUUGGGCUUCAGUGCUCUGUUUUCUAUUUGCUACCACUGGGAAAAGAUUAGAAGCUUCCAUAGCCGCCAUGCAAGUCACAGUUUUUCUGCUACAUCCUCUCAGCAACUUCAGCCUAAUCCGCCAUUACAGAUCGAUGAUGAUUCGACGUCAAAUCUUGAAGUUCACCAGUUGCAGAGCCUGCCUGUACUGAUGCCUGGAGAUGAGAUGCCCAAGUUCAUUGCCUGGCCCUCCCCUUAUGUUUCUCCAGCCCUGCUUCAAUCAAAUGAUGAUCUACAGACAUAGAGUAGUGUAUUUCAAUGAGUUUUGUCAAUGCUUCCUGGGAUCUAACUCAAUUUCAAGCUCACCCACAUGGCUUUGAUCUUGUUUCCACCAUGAAUACAGUUUGCCCAUCAACUGGAUUUCAAUCAUGUGGGUUCAAUGGAGAAAUAACUUAACGACAUUAAGUUUAAUGAUGUUAAAUUUCUAUAGCCGAUUUCAAGAUUAGACUAUGUAUUAGUUUUUCAUCAACAUUUCAGAUCAUAUUCACAUUCUGUGAUCCAUCAUCAGAAUGAUACUAGAAAACUAAGAAUAUGAAAUGAUAAGU